CCGGAUGAAAGAAGCAGCGCCUCAGUUUUCACUUUGGAAUUUGCAGUCAACCAAGAUGGACCAAGUGAACGCGCAGCUCGAGAAGGCCAAGGCCGAGCUCAACAAGUACCCGAUCCUCGUCCAGCUCGAGGCGCAGACGGGCGUCGACAAGCUCUACCUCACGGUCGCCGGCGUCGCGCUCCUCCUCCUCGUCGUGCUCGUCGGCUUUGGCGCCGGCCUCCUCUGCAACCUCGUCGGCUUUGUCUACCCGGCGUAUGCGUCCUUCAAGGCCAUCGAGUCGGACUCGAAGAACGACGACGUCCAGUGGCUCACGUACUGGGUCGUCUACUGCUGCUUUGAGAUCGUCGAAGUGUUUGUCGACUACCUCCUCUUCUGGGUGCCCUUUUACUACGCCUUCAAGCUCGGCUUCCUCGUCUGGCUCUUCCUCCCCUCGACGCAGGGCGCCACCUUCAUCUUCAACCACUUCCUCCAGCCCUUCCUCAAGUCGCACGAGGCCAACAUUGACGCGGCCAUUGACAACAUCAAGUCCAACUCGGGCUCGGUCAUCGCCGACAUUAGCGGCGUCGUCAAGGACGCCACCAAGGACGCCACGGCUGCCAUCGCCAAGAAGCUCGUCGACAAGCAGCUCGAGACGGAAGCCAAGCAAGAGUAAGCAAGUACCGCCUUUCGAUACGCUCUUUAAACACACACACCUUUUUCGCUUGAACAUGGAGCUCAAAUUAGUAAAAGGGCACUUGGG